AUGGAGAGCUCCAGGCAACCGCGACUUCAAAGAUCAUCUAGAAGUCGAUCAAGAUCCCGGCCACGGCGAUCCGACAACGCACCACUACAUCGCAUCCUGUCCAGUCAAUUUCCGGAUGACCAUUCUGUGUAUCACCAUGAAGACGGCGAAGGAAUUCACGUUGAUUCUGACGCCAGUUCAUUGCACAAGACCGAGACUGAAAGGAGAGACGCAAACACAGUUAGUAGCGGCGAUGACGACAGCGGCGAUGACGUAGACGAGAAAGAAGCGAAAGACGAUGCCGCUCACGAGGAAGAGACGACGUACGAAGAGAUACGAGGGGGUGUUCCAUAUGAGCAUGAUGUUGAAGCACCACCACCAUUGGAAAAGAAGAAGUCUACGCGGUCCGUCAAAGAUCCGAAUCUGGUUACAUGGGAUUCAGAAGAUGACCCACAUAAUCCGAAGAACUGGUCUAUGAAACGGAAAUGGGCAGCGACCUUUAUUGUUUCCGCCUUUACCCUUGUCUCACCAAUAUCUUCUUCCAUGAUAUCACCGGCUCUGAGUAGCAUAAGUGCUGAAUUUGGUAUCACGAAUGAAGUCGAAGCCCAACUCACCUUGUCCAUCUUCGUCCUAGCAUAUGCGAUUGGACCAUUGUUUUUAGGCCCACUAUCUGAGAUCUACGGUCGUGUCGUCAUCCUACAGCUGUCCAACCUGUUCUACUUGGCCUGGAAUUUAGGAUGUGGAUUUGCUCAAACAUCCGGUCAACUUAUGGCAUUCCGGUUCUUUAGUGGUUUGGGUGGAUCUGCACCAUUGGCUAUCGGUGGUGGCGUCCUUAGCGAUUGUUUCCUUCCUGAGCAGCGUGGCCGUGCCAUAUCCAUCUACUCUCUAGCCCCGUUGCUGGGGCCUGCAAUCGGUCCCAUCGCCGGUGGUUUCAUCUCUCAGAACACGACUUGGAGAUGGUGUUUUUACGCCACCACCAUCUUCACCGCAAUGGUACAAUGCUUCGGCUUCUUCUUCCUCCAAGAAACAUACGCACCAAAACUCCUCGAGUGGAAGCGAAACAAGCUACGCAAAGAGACUGGCAACGAACAACUACAUACCGAGUUCGAUAGCCCCGACCGCACACUUGCAACGACCAUCAAAAUCGCCAUGAAGAGGCCGUUCAAGCUCCUGGGUACCCAACCCAUCGUCCAAGUCCUGGCAUGCUACAUGGCUUACCUCUAUGGGCUCAUGUAUCUCAUGCUCUCCACAUUCCCUAGCUUAUGGGUCACGCGCUACGGAAUGUCCACAGGCGUCGGUUCGCUAAACUUCGUCUCCAUGGGUAUCGGUUUCUUCCUCGGCACCCAGAUCACCGCACCCCUCAACGACGCUCUCUACCGCCGCCUAAAGAAGCGUAACAAUGGCAUUGGUAAACCAGAAUUCCGUGUCCCGAUUAUGAUCCCAGCGUCCCUCCUUGUUCCCAUCGGCCUCUUCUGGUAUGGCUGGAGUGCACAGGCUCAGGUACAUUGGAUCAUGCCGAAUAUUGGCGCGGCGAUCUUUUGUGCGGGCGUUAUUGUGGGAUUUCAGUGUAUUCAGACUUAUCUUGUUGAUAGUUAUACAAGGUAUGCGGCGAGUGCUAUUGCGGCCGCGACUGUGCUUAGGUCGCUGGCCGGAUUUGGGUUCCCGUUGUUUGCUCCGGCUAUGUAUAGUAAGUUGGAUUUUGGAUGGGGCAACAGCGUGCUAGGGUUUAUUGCAUUAGCGUUGGGUGUCCCGGCACCGUUUAUGCUGUGGAAGUUCGGGGAGAAGUUGAGGAGUACUAGUAAAUUCGCGGCUGGCUAG